GAGAGUCAGUUCUCGCUACGUUAUCGUUGGGCGCGCAUCUGGCAUUUACUUACUUACGAAUUUAAAUUUUAAAAUGUUCGCUUUUUUCGCGUCAGCUCUGCUAGCGGUCGCUUCGGCCAGCGUUAUCCACCAGGGGGGGUGUCCAGAAGUGAAGCCGAUUGAAAACUUCAACGUGACAGCGUACCAAGGCACAUGGUACGAGAUCUCCAAGUUCGAGACUCCAGCGGAGAAAGGCGGCAAAUGCGGAAAAGCGGAAUACACGGUUGACGGAGAGACCGUCAAGGUCAAGAACUCUCACGUCAUCAACGGAGUCUUGGCCGUCAUUGAGGGAACUGCCAAGUUCGCUGAUGACGCCAAAGGCACCGCCAAGUUACUCGUCACCUUGAACUUUGGAGAGAAGUCCCAGGAACGUCCCCUGAAUGUCGUCGCCACAGACUACACCAACUACGCCAUUGCCUACACGUGCAGGAGUGAUGAGAAGAAGAGCUCCCACCAAGAAUUCGUGUGGGUGCUCUCCCGAACCAAGGCCCUGGAAGGAGAUGCCAAGACCGCCGUAGAUGCCUUCUUCGCUAGCAACAAGGACAUUGACGCUUCCAAACUGGUGCAGACCGACUUCUCCGAGGAAGCCUGCAAGCACGAGGGAACCAGUACCAUCACCGAACCGAACAGCCCAGUCAAGAAGCAAUAAUGACUUAUGGGAAUCCAGACGACGGCACAUCAAGCCACGCUUGGCAUCUUAUUUCGUAGCAAUAAGUUCUAUUUUACAACAAAAAAGUAUAGUCUGAUGUGCUGUCGCCUGUUCUAAGGCACGGCGAGUGAAUUUUGAUAAUUUGUGGCUUAGAAAUAGAUAUUUGUAGGUAAUUAUACCCGAAAAAUGGUAGGGUCGCUUAAAAGCUUGCUGUGAUAAGUUUUUCAGGUCAAUUCCAUCGUG